AUGGAGGCGGCGCGGAGGCCGCGGCCGAGUUUGCGCCGGCGGAGGCCGUCCCCUGGGGCCGCCGCGCCGGGCCGCCCCCUCGGAGCCGCGCCUUCCCCGCCCUCCCCGCCCUCCCCCGCCGGGCGUCUCCUCCUGAGUUCUCUCCGCGCCCUCAGCGGCCGCGGGGGGCCCGUCCCGGGGGUCGGCGAGUGCGCGCGGCCGUGGGCGGACCUGCUGCGCGCGGGGAUAGCUGAUCUGAGCCCCGACGGAGAGCUGCCGCCGCUGCCCGCCUUCCCCGGCCCGGAUCCCGGCCGCCGUCCCAAGCGCACCGCGUCCCCCGAGGAGUUCACCGUGGGAGCCCGGACCUUUUCCUGGACGCCCUUCCCGCCGGCCCCGAGAGGAGGCGGGGGCUUGGGCCCUCCCCACCGAGUGCCCCUUCGGGCCCGGUCCCCGCAGCGAUGCGCCUCGCCUGAGCCCCGAGGGACGCCCGGUGCCCCGGAGCAGCUGUGGGAGGCCUCGCCCAGCCUGCGGAGCUGCCCCAUGUGCCAGGUCGACUUCGCCCCCAGGCUGGCCCAGCUAGACAUCGACAGCCACCUUGCCCAGUGCUUGGCAGAAAGUACGGAAGACGUGGUGUGGUGAGCAGACAGCCGGAGCAGAGGCUUGGCCCCACCUGCCAGAGCCACAUCCUCUGCUUUGAAAGCUGCUUAUUAAAAUGUCUGUGUAGACUA